AUGAUGGCAGUAGACUUCCUCCGCUCUCAAUUCAAAAAGCUCCCCUACCCAUCCGACGACUGCGCCGGCCGCACCAUCAUCGUCACGGGCUCCAACGUCGGCCUGGGCCUCGAAGCGGCGCGGCACUUUGUGCGGCUCAACGCCGCCAAGGUGAUCCUCGCCGUGCGCAGCACCGACAAAGGCGAGGCGGCCAAGACGGACAUUGAGCUGACGACGGGCCGGCGCGGCGUCGUCGAGGUGUGGCCGCUGGACCAGGCGUCGUUUGAGAGCGUCAAGGAGUUUGCGGCGCGCGCGGACAAGCUGCCGAGGCUGGACUUUGCGGUGCUGAACGCGAGCAUCGCAACGAGCAAGAGGGUCGACGCCGAGGGGUGGGAGAGCACGAUUACGGUGAACGUGCUGAGCACGUUUUUGUUGGGGUUGAAGUUGUUGCCGGUGCUGAGGAGGACGGGCAAGACGCAUAAUGUUACGCCCAAGAUUGUGAUUGUCGCUUCGGAUGCGAGUCAGAUGAUAGAUUCCACCCACUUACACGCAGUUCGUGCCCCGCAGGCCAAGUUCCACGAACGCAACGAAGAAGACAUUUACAAGGCCCUCAACACCAACAAGAGCCUGACGGACCGGUACAACACGUCGAAGCUGAUGCAGGUGAUCCUGGCGCGGCAGAUGGCCAUCGCGGCAGACGCGUCUGGCAAGGGGCGGGUGCAGGUGACGACGCUGAACCCGGGCCUCUGCGCGACGGCGCUGUUCCGCAACAUUCCCUUCCCGCUGACGAUCGUCGUCAAGGUCGGGCUGAAGCUGCUGGCGCGGUCGGCCGAGGUCGGGUCGCGGUGCCUGACGGCGAGCGCGUUCGCCGGCGAGGAGGCCCACGGGCGGUACAUGAGCGACUGCGUCGUCGUGCGGUUCCCGAAGGUCAUGCAGGGCGAGGAGGGGGAGCAGAUGCAGGGGCGGGUGUGGGAGGAGACUGUGGAGCUGCUGAAUGGAGUUGAUCCCGGCGUUUCGAUGAAUCUUUGA